GGUUUGCGUCACGUGAUCAGAGCUUUGCGGAAAAACUGAACGGAAAUGGCAGGAUCGAGUCUACUUCGAUUUAUGGCGUUUAUUGCCUUUUUAUUCGCCUUUUUCGCUACAGGGAGCUCCACUGCUCAAGUGCCAGUUCUACUAUGGUCCAGUGGCAGCUUACCACCACUGGCCUCACCUGCAGCUGGUCACAUCACAUCCAAUGACCAGUUGACUGCCUACCUCACAUCUGCCUUUGGCUCUGGCCCACACACUGUGCUGUUCUUUCUGCAGGACAAGUUAAGCAAAGAUGACUUCACAGUCUUUGGUGGAGUGUUUGGAAACAAACAGGAUAGUGCCUUUCCAAACCUUGAGACUGCACUGCAGUCGUCUUCCUCAUCAGUGACGCUCCCCGCAUCAGAGUGGUCAGGCUCCUCUGCCAUCCUAUCUCUGCUGCAAGAGAAGCUUGGUGUCUCGCCUUUGCUUGUAGACGCAGACACUCUGUCGCAUCUCAGCGUCGACACAUCUGUCAGCAAUCUACUGCUCAUCAAUCUUCCUUAUUGUACUGACUUGCACAGGUCUUGCAAGGAAGUCCUACGUGACAAUGAUGAGAUUAUUGGAAAGGUUCUGAGUGUCAUGAAAGCUCAAAAUAUCCCCUACACUGCGAUAUACACAGGGCUCCAGCCAUCCCGAGUGAUUUCAGAGACAUCUGUGUCUAACCAGCUGGUGGGGCGGUCCUUGCUCCAAGCAGUUGUACCUGAUGUCAAACCUCCCAUCAUGUUCAAUGUAUCCAACAGCCCUUGCAUAAUGCUUUGGGCUCAGAAUCUCAAUAUCAGCCUCUCAAGCACUUCACAGUGGAUCGACCUUGCUGCACAAACACCUUCCUUGACAGGAUCCCUGUGUAACGGCAGUAGCUCACUGCUUGUCCUCACUUAUGAAUCGGGUUUUACCCUAAGUUUUGCCAUGAGACGGCAGUUUUACCCUGUGUCUGCACGAAACUGGUUUACCUUGGACUCUGUGCAACUGCAGUCUGGUGGUCUAACUGCAUCUUUCAUCGGGAGUCGCAACAUCUACGCCCCUGCAGAGUAUUCCUACCACUGCCAGUCUGUCAACAGCUUCCAAGAUGCUCUGCUAGUGCCAAACAACACCAACCAAAACACCACACAGUGGAGGCUCAAUUUUAUCGACUUCCAGAUUCAAGGCUUUGGUUUGGCCAACGGAACAGAUUUCUCCUAUGCCAGUGACUGUGCAGGUUUCUUCACCCCAGGGAUUUGGAUGGGGCUGCUGACUGCACUGCUCAUGCUGUUAAUUUUAGUGUAUGGUCUGCACAUGAUCAUGCAGUUAAACACUAUGGAUCGCUUUGACGACCCCAAAGGUCCAUCGAUUUCAGUGCCUCAGUCGGAGUGAAGCAUUUCCAAACACACACACUAGGCCCUCAGUCCUUUAGUGCCUCCUAUUAGAUCGUGGACCUGGGAGAGUCCCUCCUUGUCAUGAAGCUUUUGUAUGUUUGGGCCUUUUUUCUUUGAAGAUAUCUCUCCUGUAGUUUGCUGUCCUGAAUCCUUCCACAGUUGUCUUUGGGAUACCUUGCAUUCCACUUCAUCUCUCUACAUUUACAAGUGCCAAAAUGGGUGCUUUUUCACAAGUUGAGUUUGAGUGCAUGUGCUAAAAGAUGUUUCUGUGCCAGUGUUGGCCAGAAAUAUUUAGCAAUAAUUUAUCAUAAAAGAGAAUGCCUUAUGUGCCAACAUGGAUGUUUUGCUGGAUGCUGUAGGACAGUUUCAGACCUCAGUUCUUAAUUUUUUAUUUUUCCAACUGUAAUUUAAAAGACUACUGGUUAUGCAAGAAGUGCCUGUAUAUAAAGAGUAUAUUGCGGUUUGUUCUGAAAUGUUGCAGUUUUGGGAUUGCCUUAAAAAGUAUGCUAAUACUUUUGUUAAGUGCCACCACUUCAAUCCGAUGUUUUAUUGACAAGUAAUUUAUUUAUAAAGAAUUACCUUUUAACGCUUGGCCUACCUUUUUAAAUUUUACCUCUUGCUUCGGGUUCAUCAACGCAUUUAAUAGCAGUGCCUCUGUUCUGCUUUUGUCAAAACGUAUUGAUGUGCAAUUGUCACGACAUGUACAUUGUCUUUAAUUGAAAAUAAAGAUAUCUAUAAAUUGUGA